AUGGAAUAUUACAAGCAUCUUACACAAAUAGACAGUUUCGUACCAAAUCGUUACAUCGAAAUUCCAUCCGGCUAUGAAAUGGCAUCAUCACGGCAGAAUGGAUUAACAAAAAAUGUUCGUAUACAAACAGCAUUAACAGCAGCAGAUUUUAAUAAUGAAACAACUCACUUUCGAGAACAUGCGAAAAGCAAAAAUGUUCGCAUACAGACCAUGUUAACAGCAGCUGAACUUAAUGAUCAGUCAGAUGAUUUUCGACAAUAUUCACGAAACAACGAUGUGUCUGUCUCAUCCAAUACCAUAUCGCAUCAAAUGGAUCAACAAAAUCAAACAGCAGGAGCUAUUGGUUCUGAACCAUUCGAUGAUACAAAUUUGAGCCAAAAUCAACAAAUUCUGGAUACAAAUAAUGAUGAUAUUAAAAAAGAAAACGUUCUCGAAAAUAAUCAUGUUCAUGAUGAAACUGAAUUCAUCAAUCCUAUUGAAGGAUAUGCUGAUGAACCACUUUUAUCACUUGUUGAUGCCUGCGAACCAUUGACUGAUAUUCUACAUAAUCUCUCAUUCUAUGUUGAAUUAGCAUUGAACGAAACACCCCAUGAACCACCCGAUCGAUUAUCAGUUGAUGAAAGUGCUGCCAUUCGUCUCUACACAAUCGAAUGGGACAAACCACACCGCAGCCUAUAUUCAGACAUGAACUACCAUCUCAAAACGAUGAAUCGAGAGAAACUCUUACCAUACUUCAGAUAUCUCAAACUAUUUAUAACUGCUCUCGUCAAACUACCAUGUGUUCCACCAUUGACAGUAUGGCGAGGUGUGACCAAGAACUUGAGUGGUGACUUUCCCCCAGGCACACGAGUAACAUGGUGGGCAUUUUCAUCAACUACGACACAGAUGACAGUACUCGAAAAUAACAUGUAUCUGGGCAGUGAAGGUGAUCGAACACUCUUCUCUGUCGAAGCAAUCAAUGGUCGAACAAUCAAAGCUCAUUCACACUUCGUUACUGAAGAUGAAAUCUUACUUUUACCUGGUACUCAUAUGAUUGUUCAAUCACAACUUUCUCCAGCAGCUCAACUUCACAUCAUUCAUUUGAAACAAGUCAAACCUGAUGAAACAUUACUUGAACCACCAUUUCCAGGUGCAUAUGUUUACCCAAAAAUACAGCGUUCUUGUUAUCGAAAAAAGAGAUGGAUGCUUCCACUCAGUUUGUUAGCUACUUUGAUAAUUGUAGGUGUCGUCGUUGGUGUGAUUUUUGGUACAAAAUCAAAUUUGAAACGAACAACUCUUCGAUGCACAAGUCUAUUUCGUGCAGCUGAUGAAUUCAGUACUCAACAUACUCCAACUUCUGUAGUAGUCGGUUACUUUAGAAAUAGCAGUCAAGCAGAUGUGAUUGUUUCUAGUAGCAAAGAUAAUAAUGUUGGUGUCCUACUGAAUAAUGGAAAUGGAGUUCUGAAAGUUAUCCGAGGUGAAACCGAUACUAGUCCAGUAGCAAUGGCAUCGGGUGACUUCAAUAAUGACACAUAUGUGGACUUGGUAGUCGUUGAUCGAGAUGCGAAUACUGUUCGUGUGCUACUGAAUGAUGGACAAGGAGCACUGAACAUUUUAAACGACUAUGACGCUGGUGAUACUCCAAUAUUUAUCAAAGCAGCAGAUUUUAACUAUGACAAAAUCUUAGAUGUCAUAGUCCUAAAUCAAUAUGAUACUUUCGCUAGAAUAUUGUUUGGCAAAGGAGAUGGAACAUUUUCCAGUAUGAAAAAUUUAGGCAUUGAUCUUGUUGCCUCGUCAGUAGUAAUAGCCGAUUUUAACCAAGAUAACCUAUUGGAUUUAGCAUUUAGCAAUAUCAAUGAUAAUUGUAUUUCCGUUUUAAUUGGUUCUACAAAUGGAAGUUUUCAAGAUGCAGCGAAAUAUAAUGUUGGAUAUUCACCAUCGUUGCUGAUAACCGGUGAUUUUAAUAGCGACACUAUAGUGGAUCUGGCAAUCGCUGGUCAAGGUGAUAGUUCUGUUUAUAUAUUAUUUGGUCAAGGGGAUGGAGUCUUCCACAAUCUAAUUCAAACUUCUACUAUUUAUUAUCCAUCGUAUAUAAUAUCAGGAGACUUUAAUAAUGAUAAUCAAUUGGAUUUGAUAGUUGCUUCGAGUUAUAAUGGUUAUAUAAGUACUUUAC